AUGUCAUACUCUCCCGGUUCAAUCGUUUACGCAAAGCUUAAAGGAUACCCUUGGUGGCCAGCACGAGUUGAAGUUGAAUCUUCAUUACCCUCCCAAGUUCGUUCUAAAAAACCCAAAACACCUAAACCAACAAUUGGUGUUCGAUUUUUUGGGACUAAGGAUUAUGGUUGGUUUGGAAGUAAUGAUCUUAAACCAUUCGACAAGAAGGAUGCCGAAAUAACAUUGCAAAAAAUGAAAAAGCGUGACAAAUUGUUAGAAAGAUCUAUACAAAAUGAAAGUAAGAAAUCAAGUGAAUCUUAUGAUAAUGAAGAAGACGAGGGAGAAUAUUCAAAAAGAUCAAAAAUUCGUAAUAAAGGAAAUAAAAAAAAUAAAAAGACCACAACUUCUAAAGGUUCAGAUCAUCGUAGAACAAAGUCAUUGAGCGGUGGAAAGUCGAAGAAAAAAUCACAUACUUAUUCAUCAGAGGAAGAUGAUGAUGUAAAUAAUGAUGGAAAAGGGGGGAAGAAACGUAGGGCCAGUGAAGGUGCUACUAUAAAGCGUAAACAGAGAAAGAUAGACUAUACUGAUGAUGAAAAAAUGGAUUUGGAUGAGGAUAAAAGCGAGGAUGAGACAAAAAAAAAGGAACGACGUCAAAAUGUCAAAAAGGAUCGAGCAUCUAGAAGUGAAGGUUCGAAAUCAUCUGAUAAUGAAUCACCUGAGGAUGAUAGGAUUAAAAGAGAUAUUAAUGAAGACGAUGAAAGCAAAUCAAGUAGAUUAGAAUCUGAAAUUCAUCAUCGUCCGUCUAAAUCACGACAUUCGAGAACACCCGGUGAAUGGUUGCUUCAUUUGAGGCAUAAACUUCAGAGAAUGACUCUGAAAGAUGAUGUCGAGUCAUUAGAUAUGGAUAAGAUCGAUGAAGUAUUUACCGAAGUUGAAAAUUUCAAAAUCACUAUUCCUUUAUUGAAGGAAAGUAAAAUUGGUAAACUUAUGAGAAAAAUUGCCGAAAAGGAUUUCGAUCCAGACCCAAAAAAAAUUAUAGAACGAAGCAAUGAAUUAAUUAGGAAAUGGAAAUGUUUGUUAGAAACACCUACUCAGGAAGGAUCUGAUGAAGAAACGUCACCCAAAACAGUUAAUCAAGUUGAAUCGCCAAACCUUGAUGAAGUCGUUUAUAACGAAAAAAGUGAUAUUCUUUUGUCUUAUGAACAAGAGAUUGAUAAUAAGAAAAUUGAAGAAAAUGUCGAUAAUAAUAUUGUCGAUAAUAAUAUUGUGAAAGUGGAAAAUGAAAAGUUCCCAUCAGCAAUGGAUGUUGACGAUACUAAUGAAGCCCAAUCGAAGACUGGCGAAGAAAAACUGGUAGUUGAAAACAAAGAUAAUAUUGUCACAAAUGGGUCAUCACCUGCAGCUAACAAUCAAGAAGUAAAUAGUCAUGAAAAAGAGGAUAUUAAAAAUACAACUCUUGAAUUGUGA